UUAUUCAUGAUCAGGCUGAUGUACAGUGCGUGCGCAAAGGAUUGUGGGCUCGGCGCGUAUGUUUCCAUCAUGGCGGCGUCAAUUUCGGGAUACACUUUUAGUUCUGUGUGUUAUCACAGCGCCAACAGCAAUUCCGACCAUGAGGGCUUCCUGUUGGGUGAAGUGAGACAGGAGGAGACUUUAAGCAUCAGUGACUCACACAUCGGUAGCUCAGAAUUCCUCAGUGUAAUAGAGGUCCAUAAUCAUGAACCUUGUGCACAACUGUUUAGCUUUUAUGACUAUGCAGGUAACGUCAAUGAAGAAAAUCUCAACAGAAUCCUCAAGGACAGAAGAAAAAAUGUUAUCGGCUGGUACCGGUUUAGAAGGAACACUCAACAGCAGAUGUCAUUCAGGGAGCAGGUGAUCCAUAAGCAGUUGACCCAUAUACUUGGCAUCCCAGAUCUGGUCUUCCUCCUGUUCAGCUUCAUCUCCACAGCUAAUAGUUCCACGCAUGCUUUGGAGUAUGUGCUCUUCAGGCCCAACAGAAACAGGUAUAAUCAGAGGAUAUCUCUAAGCAUCCCAAAUCUGGGCAACACCAGUCAACAGGAAUAUAAAGUCUCUUCUGUGCCGAACACCUCCAAGAACUACGCCAGUGUCAUUAAAGAACACGGGACUGAGUUUUUUGAUAAGGAUGGGGUGAUGAAAGACAUUCGAGCUAUUUUUCAAGUAUACAGUGCCCUUCAAGAGAGAGUGCAGGCGGUGUGUUGUGAAGUGGAUCAAAGUGAACGAGUGAGGGAGAAAAUCCAAGAAGAAGUGAACAAGCUGAAAGAGGAAAUCGCUCUCAGGAAACGUAACAGCGCCGAGGAAGAGAGAAGACUCCAAGAGGCGGCCGCUGUCAUGCUUCCCGAUAACUCUGCCCUUCCAGACUCCCCACACUCUUCACUGACUCGAGUCGUGCUCUCAGGUCCCUCGGUGGAGCCCAGUUUAGAGAGACCCGUGAACUCGUCAUCUCCACCGAUCUACAGCACCGCACUGCCUCCAGAUUCACCAAGCGCUAUACUGCUACCACGGCCCCAAGCCGUCGGUUCCCCCGGACACCCGUCUCCCAGUCUGGGCCUGGGCAACGGAGACGGUUCGAGCUCGGAUUCCCUGAACCGCCAGGCCACCGGCCAGGAAGACCAGGAGGAUGACGACGGCGACGACGAGGACAGUAGCGAGUACGAAAAUUUAGUUAGCGAGCAAUUGCAACCACCUUCCUUAACAGAAACCGUUACGUUAGGCCGACCGGCUACCCUGUGGCCCGACGGAGACGCCCACAGCCCGCCGGGCUCCUAGUAGUCAAACAAACCAACGGGGAUAUUGACGAGCGAACAGAACUAGGUGUGAUCGUGAGGUCGUGGUGUUCAGAACACAAACAAGCACUUGCCUUUUGUGAGUUAUGACGAAUGCUGUCCUGUAGUACACAUUUAACAGCUCCGUGCUGCGGACGUCAUCAGGUUUCGAUGGACUCCGAAGUGGAAUGGAAUGAUAUCCCCAUCCGUGUGGACUGACAAGGCCCCCUUUUCUCCGUUUCAUGCUCUCCUCUCUGGUUUUUCGAUUUGGGUGGAGAAGUGCAUCCUGCUUAUCGGCGUCUGCCUCUCACUGGAGUCAUUCGGUUCUUGCACCAUUUACCUCUUGCACUGUUUUGCCUUCUUUUGAUCUGCAUUUGAAUAGAAAAGCAAAGGGAAUGAUGUUUUUUUUUUUUUGCGGCCUUCAAACACAUCUCUGUGUGAGCUUAUUCCAUCUUCAUCGUCUUGCUUCAUAAAUUUGAAUGGACAGAAAAGUGCUUAGGACUACAGCUGACACUCGAACAGUUAUUGUUCUAGAAAAUGUAUUUUAUUUUUGGUUUUAUCAGUUAUAUUUGAUUUGAUUUGAGUAAUAUAAUGGCCUAUUCAUUAAAAAAAAAAAAAAAAAAAAA